AGAUAAGGGGAAGAGAGAGAGAGAAAGAGGCGAGAAAUACUCAACUUGGUUCUCUCUGUACAGAUCUCUCUUCAGUUUCGAGAAGAAGGAGAAGAUGAAGAUAUCUGCUGCGAUGAUUCUGCUUAUAGCUUUGAUGGCGCCUCUGCUUUGCUCCCCUACGGCCGCCGGCGGCGAGAUACCAUUGGUAGGAUGGAUCCCUGGAGGAUCUGCUUGCAGCGGCACCAUUGGUGAGUGCUUAGACUCCAACGAGUUCGAGCUUGCCUCCGAAUCCAGCAGGCGGAUCCUGGCGACAUUGAACUACAUCAGCUACAACGCCCUCCGGCGCGGCUCCAUCCCCUGUUCCCGCCGCGGCGCUUCCUACUACAAUUGCCGCCCUGGCGCCCAGGCGAAUCCCUACUCCCGCGGCUGCUCCAGAAUCACCCAAUGCCGAAGCUAGGGUUUACUUCUUCCUCUCUCCCCUUUUUGUUUCACUGGUGCUUUUGAGGCUGAUUGAGCUGUGAUUGCUGAUUGGUGCUGUGUUGAUUGAUUAGGGUUUAUAUGAAUAUUUUUGUGUUUGUGGCUAUGAUGUUCUUGCUAUCGCUGUUGUUUCUCUUGUACAAUUUAUUAUAUUAUAUUUUGAUUCCUAUUCCGAUUUAUUCA